UGCAGUCUCUCUCAGAUCUGGUGGGGAUGAAACCAGCAUCAGCAUGAUCUCUCUAAGCUGUGUGUUGCUUUUCUUAUUCUUUACUUAUGAGAAAUGUGAUGGAAAGUCUCAUCCAAAGCCUUCGUGUGGUUAUCCCCCUUCACAAUGGUGCAGGACUCUGGAAAUUGCAGUGGAGUGUGGGGUUCAGAAGCAGUGCAUGGAGCUGGACGCCACCAGGCCGGACCCCUCCGUGGCUCCUGUAGAAGUGACUGUGUACUAUGAAAGCCUGUGUCCAGGCUGUAGAUCCUUUCUGACAGAACAGCUCUUUCCUACCUGGACAAUGCUCAAAGAUAUCAUGACAGUCCACCUAGUACCCUACGGCAAUGCAGAGGAAAUUCCUGGUCAGAAUUCCUUCCUAUGCCAGCACGGUGAGCCAGGGUGCAAAGCUAAUGUUUUUGAGGCCUGCAUCUUAAAUGUGACUGGCCAAGCAGCCUUCCCAGUUAUUUACUGCAUGGCGUCCUCAUCAGAUGUGAUAAACGCAGCUUUGCCUUGCUUGCAGCUGAAUGCUCCAUCUGUGGAAUGGGAGGCCAUACAGUCCUGUGUGAUCGGAGGCCUGGGCCACAGUCUAAUGCAUGAGAAUGGUGUAAAGACUCGGUCUCUGAAGCCGGCCCAUAAAUACGUUCCUUGGGUCACUUUCAAUGGGGUGUACAAAGAUGACUGGGAAGAUAAGGCAAUGUCUUCUCUCUUCAACCUUGUCUGCAUGCUGUAUGAAGGAAUUAAGCCCCCCGUCUGCACUGGAGCUCUGAUGAAGUUAAACCGAAGCUUCUGUUAAACCUUUGUUAUAAUGUAUACUAUAAUGUACAAUAUACUGAUUAUUGUAUGCACUAAAAGUAACUGUACACCUGUAGUAAGAACAUAAGAAUGGCUUUUACAUUGACUUUUUUCUAGUUCUUAUUCAAUUCUUACACAAAUAAAAUAACUUUAUAUACAUUAACAUUUCAUUUAGAUUGUGUAUGGUGUAUUUAAUAUUUAUACAUAUUUAUACAUGUUCUAUAAUGUAACUCACUUACAAAUAAACUUCUUAUUAAAACAUUUUGUAAACAUUUUUUUUCUUCAAAUCACGAUCACAUCAAAUGUUUUCAUAUUUGGGAUUUUUUUUAUUUACAAUGUAUAAAGAAUUUAAAUAUGGGUUAUUUUAUGCCAAAAACAAACCUGAGUCUCAAUUAAUUACUAAACUCUAAUACUAAAAUAAAUAUAAUAUAUACUUUAUCAUUAAUUAACAGUGCACUAUUGGCAAAUAAGUACAUACAGAGAUUAAGCCUAGUAGUAGACUAUAUUGUAAUUUCAAUGGAAAAGUCCAAGAUUUAGGUUUAAUCCCUGUCUGAGAAAUUGCCCCAAAAUGUAAACAUUAACGUAUUAACCCAAUAUUAUUCAACUUUUUACAAAAGUGUUUUUGGUUUACAUUGUAUUGUGUGAUAAUGUGUCUACUUAAAAUUUAACGUUCCUUAUUUUAUAUUUUAGUAUAUCUUAUAUGGGGAAUCCUAACAAAAAGGACAAUUUUUGUAUUUUAUUUUGGUAUGUGUGUAUUGUCUUGUAAUCCUUCAUUCUUGGUUGGUUCUUGUGUGGUUUCUCUUUUCCCCAUAUUUUUUGUACUGUAAUUUGUGGCUAUUAAAAAAUGAAAAAUAAAAAGAAAUACAGUUGUG